UACAAUCAGGGCUGCAAUGGAACUGUUAAAUGAAAACAUUUUCAUAUGAGGAUGGUCUGUUUAAAGUCCAGGCUUAAAUUUAAUUAAAGCCCUGGUAAGAUUUUAGAGUUGAUGUUCUCAGACACUGCCAAUCUAAUGUGACUGAGCUGAAGCCAUUCUGCAAUGACGAAUGGACAAAAAAAAAAGAUUGUUUCAAUGAAUGCAAAGUUGGUAGAGUGACACCCCUCCCCCUUUCUUUGGUUGAGAUUUUGAAAAAUAUAUAAACAAAUAUGUAAACACAGGGUGACAGGAGGAAAAUGUCCUUUCAGCGACAACAAGAUGAAGGCCAAGUUUUCGGAUUACAGCUCAGAAUCAGAAUGUGAUCAGCUGAAUGAUGAUUCAUCUUUGUGUUCAGUGACACAUCCAUGAGGGACAACUCUGCAAUUUAUUUUACAAGAUUUCAGCAUUCUUUGAGUUCUCUCAGCAUGCCUGACAGCUGAAACUUUGCACAAUAAGGGCAAACUAAUUGCUUUUCUUUAUCUAAUAGCUUCUGUUCCAUGAAAACCCCCCAAAAGAAAGAUCCAAAACACAACAAAGAAAUAACAUAACAGUACCAACAAUUUUACAAAUUUUGCAGGAUUUAGGUGAAGAAAAUGUUAAAUUGGAAGUUUUAAAUUAAAAUCCAAACACAUUUGUUAUGUUCAACCAACAAUUCUUAAAGUGGAUAGUAGUUCUAAAUUCUAAAUACUUCGAAGAGGCUGAAAUACGACAUAUCUGUAAGAUGAAAACGAUGAACUAUAUUUGUGGAAUUUGAUGAAAGAAUGAUCUUAAACAAAGGUCAGUGUCAAUCACUAACAAAUUCUUUCCCAACACACAAAGAACAGUUUUAUGAACAAACACACAUCUGCUGUAUUUUCCUGCCUAUAUUUGCCUAUGUGCCUCUAUAUAUAGAGUGAGUGGGUGAGGCCUACAGGUGAGCAUGUUGUCUCCGCCCAGGAGGAAACCAGGAAGGCUGGUUUCAACAUGUAAGUGAAAUGUUUCUAAUUCCUGAGGGGAAACAGGUUUAAACAGGCUCUAAUGUCACGACUCUUAUCAGCAUGAAAUGUAUUUCCUUCUACCGGCCAGGUGACCAGUCACUCCUUUGUCUGAGUGCUUGUGAUGAAUGUGAAGGGGCCAGUCAGGAUCGAAUCAAUGGACAGGCUUGGAUGUGUCUUGUUUACAAAAGAAUGAAAUCCCAUGUGAACCGGAGUGACUUGACUACAUUCAACAGCAGCGACCUGGUUAACUGGAUAAUUUGCUGAUGGAACCACCUUCAUAUGAGGAAGCCAACAGCCAUUGCUCCAUUCAGUCUGCAGGACAACAUAACCACUCCUCUCCUCCAGCCUAUACCUCCACCCAGUCCCCAUCUACACCUCCUCCAACGUAUGGAGAGGCCGUUUACCCAAGUGCUUUUCCUGUCUUGACUCCACCCUCUGGGCAAACUGCUGUGGCUACAUCAUCUGAAAACUCCAGAGUCACAGUCCACCCACUUAUACAAAUUGGUGAACGAGCCUCCAGAGGCAGCAGAGCUCCGACAGUAGUGGUUGUGUCCCAGCCGCAGCCAGUUCCCAUCAUACUGAACAGUCUGAGAGACUCUCCUGGAUUUGUUCGCUGUCCUCACUGCCUCGAGCUUGUCACCAGUAACGUUACGUAUGUCGCUGGGAGGACUGCUGUGUGCUCAUGUGUCAUUAUGGCAUUAAUGGGGUUAUUCUGUGGUUUCUGUCUGAUUCCACUGUGCAUGAGAGGACUGCAAGAUGCACAUCACUCCUGUCCACAAUGUGGCGAGAAACUGUACGUUUAUGAAAGAUGACAUGCUGUCUGGAUCCAUGAAGCUUCUGGUUUUCUCCAUCUGCUCAGGGUCUCGUUAAAUAUGGUGCAAAUUUUGCAAAUUAAUUUGUCAUAUGACUGUUCCAAAAACAUGCUGCAUACACUGCACUUUUUCUGAGCUUUUAACUCAAAAUAAAGGUAGCUUAUCUUUGGCAAGAAGGAAAAGUCACAUUUAAGAUUCAUCACAGCAGGAAAGAAAUAUCACACCUAAAUGAAUGCUUGCAUUUAGGCCCCAACUUCCUCAUGACUGCAUAGAUAAGCAUGUGAAAGCAAUGACUGGAAUGCUUGCCAUACAUCUCAAACAGCUGAUACAGGUUGGUGUGUUAAACAUUUUAAGGUAUUUUUCAUAAGCAUUCCUAGAUUAUUUAUAGUUGAAAUGCAUAGACUAAUAGGUGAACAGUAAGUGUAUUUUUGAUGUUUUCUAUAAAUGUUUGAAGUUGUUAAAAGGCUCAAAUGAGAAAAGAAGCAGAAGCAGUUUUAACAUAAUUGUAAUACCUCAGAUUGUACGAAAUAUUAUCUUUUGUCACUUAUUUUAAUUUUGUUUUUGUUAUUAUCAAAAGUAUAGUUCAGAUUUUUUUUUAAUUGGGCUCCUUUGGGGAGGUUUAUGAUGAUGAUGUUUAGUGUACUACAGAGCAGAAAGCUGACAUCUUUCUUUCUCCCUACAUCCAGUGGAUGAUGCAGGUUGAUACAAUCGAUAAUAGCCACACAGGCACACCUGCUAAAAGGAAAUAAACACACCCAGUAUUGGCUGAGAGGUUGCCAGGCGACUGUGCCAAAAGGCAGUUUCAUGUUUUGUAAGCGAGCAGAGUCCGAGCAGAGACCAAGUCUAAGCGUGAGGAGAAGUUUUGAGUACAAGCAUUACAAGUUUUGAGAAGACAGACAUUGAAGUUCUGCUUUCAGACUGAACAUGUGUGCUCUUGGAUUAUGGCAGAAAAAUCCCCUUCAAAAACAUUUGUUAAUUCAGAGAUAUUAAUUUAAAACAUGAAUGUAGUUUUGAUUGUAUAAAAGACAUUGUUUAAAAGAUUUUCCAAAACUAUUGGAUAAUGUGAUAUUUCUUAAUUCUAAUGGUAAUGUAUUCCAAGUGUGUGAUGCUAGGACCAAAAAAGCCGCCUGACCAACUGAGUUUUUCCUGAAUUAUGUUUUGCAAUGCCCUCUGCUAGAUUCUGUUGUGAAUAUAUUAAAGAAAAUAUGAACAAAA